AUGUCUUCUCAAUCAGGUAUAACUAUCUCACAAGAAUUAUUAAACGUAUAUAAAAAAUUAAGAGAGAAUGACUCAUUAGUUAUUAAAGUAAAUGAUCUGUUGAUUGAAUUAAUACCCGAUGAAAACUACAAAAGUAAUUCAAAUGAUAUAUUUGGCAAUUUGAAAAGUUAUAUCAAAAACGAAUAUCCACAACCUGGUUAUAUCAUAGUUGUAAUGGACUCAAUUCAAUAUUUUAUUAGUUUUAUACCUGAUAAUGCGCCAAUUAAACAAAAGAUGCUAUAUGCAUCGACGAAAAAUACUAUAUUGAACAAUUUAGGAUCAAAUAAUUUCACUAAGAAGUUAAAUUUUACUGAAUUAGAUGAGCUUAAUCUAGGUUCACUUGAAGAUGAUGGUGUUUCUGCUCCUUUAAAUGAUGAUGAGAAAAUACUUAAAGAUAUGAAUAAUAUGGAACUUGAAAAUGUACAUGGUUAUAAAAAGGAAUUAGCUUCGAUGUCGAGCUCAGAUAUAUUAUACAAAUUCGAUCUUUCAUUGAUUGAACAAUUUGAAAAUUUGGAUAACAAGUUGGUUAUAUUUAAUAUUGAUUUGAAAAAUGAGGUAAUUAAAUUGAUUGAAAAUUAUAACAAUAUAAAAGUAAAUGAUUUGAUAAGUAAGUUGGAGUCGGUUUCAGUUGGUGGUCCAAAAUAUGUUUUAUACAACUAUGGAUCAGGUUUGGCUUUUAUUUAUACUUGUCCUUCUGGAAGUCCAGUUAAAGAAAGAAUGAUAUAUGCAAGUUUCAAAAACACGUUAAUUACCGAAUUGAAAUCAAAAUAUGAUGUUAAAAUAGACAAGGAUUUAGAAGUAGGAGAUUUGGAAGAAUUGGAAAUAUCUGAAUUGCAAGGAAGUGAAGUAACUGAAUCUCCACCAUCAUCUGCAUCUUCAUCCAAUUUAAAAUUUAGUAAACCAAAAGGACCUCGUAGAAGAUAA